GAUCAGCUGGGGGCAGCAAUAAACAGAAGGAAAAAUCUGCAGCGGAAAAUAUAAAGGAAAGGAGGAAAAAAGCUGCAGAUGUUAUAAUCUAAAAAAAAAUAAUUAGUGUAACAUUUUUACACGAAGAUCUUCUUCUAAGAAGAAAGCCUUUUAUUUUUAUAUUAUGGUGUUUUAACUACCUCACUUGAAGACUAUCUAAAGCUGUGCUUUAAGAAUUUUUGUCGUUUCUAUUGUGUGUGAGAUCUCGUUUACAACUUGAAAAACAUUGCAAAGGCAGGCCUUUGCUCCAAACCAAGUGAAACCUUACAUUUGCACUACUGAAGCCUCUCCACACCUAUUUGUCAAAACCAAGAUCCAGCAAGGGCUUCAAGUUAAGAAACAAAACUUCACUUGACAAAAAAAUCAGUCACAGAAUUGCAUAAAGCAGCAACAGCGAUUCGUAAAAACACAAAUAAGAAAUCAUAAAGGCAGCUAUAGCUUCGUCUUUGUUGAGGACUAAAAAAAAAGCACCCGAGUCAUCAACACUUGACAAUACAAGCAGUCAUGUUCCAACGUCUGAGCAACCUGUUGUUUGGCGAAGUAGAGGAGGUGGCAGCUGAGCUGAAGGGACCCAACCCAUGUGUUACGGAGGCAGAUGAGGAGGGAUGGAUGCUUGUCAACCUGCCUGAAGAAUCUGACUGCAUGAUGCAGGCGGAGGCAGGGACAGGAGCCCCACUAAUUGCACAAUCAUGCCCAGAAAGUAACCAAUCAAAUCAUCCAGACGAACAUACAAGGACUGAAUGCCCCGUCCUGCUUCCAAAUGUGCCUCAAAAGCGCCGUAGGACACACAAAGGCCGGGCACGAGGUGCAGUAGCGUCAUCAGAAGCCCUUUUUUGUCAAAACGCUAGCCCGUCAAAUUUGGGUACCACUACAUCCGUGACCCCGCCGAGACGGGCCAGACUGUCCACGCCCUCCUCCACCCCGUCAGUUUCCUCUGGAAGUGAGGGUAGGGGCAGUGGGGGUAGCAGGGGUAGGUCAGGCCCAGAGAGAGGCUGCAUGGAUGAGAGUUGGUUUGUCACCCCUCCCCCCUGUUUCACUGCAGAGGGAGCCACAGCGGAGGCCAGCCCGAUGGAGGACCUGCUCAUUGAGCACCCCAGCAUGUCUGUGUACGUUUCCUCCAACAACCUGUCCAUGGUUUCCAACGGCAACCUGUCUGUGGUGGGAGAGGAGAGCAUCGUGAGCCUGGCCAGCAGCGUUAGCAGAGUGGCUGAACCAGCUGCAGUCCCCGCUGCCCACGGCGGUAUGCCCACCAGGGUGACCCGUGGAGCUGCAGCCCAGGCUGGGGCGCUUGCCAAGGUCACUCAAGUUGCGAGGGUCCAGCGUAGCAAAGCCCGCAUUGAGCGGCGCCAUCUGGGCCGCAACCGCAUCCACCGCCAAAACCUCACCAGGGAGCAGGUCCCCCGCAACGCAGCCCUCACCAGAAACUCCUUCCUUCACCAGCCCAGCAAGCGCAACGUCUGCCACUAAAACCCCCUGCAACCAGGGGGCAUCGUUUACUCUGAGGGCAUUAGUAGUGCAUAGUCAACUCCAAGACACAUAAGAUUAAAUGUACCCACCCACUGCAUAUUCACUUUACAUUGUAUAAAAUGAAGCUCAAAUACCACAUACCAGUAGCUUUUUUUUUAGUUUUGGUCCAAAAAAAGGACUCUACCUGCUAGUUUUAGGACCCAUUCUGUUGAAUUAAACAACGCCCUCUGAGUAGAACUGCUUAGACAUGUAUCAUGCUUGUUGUCCAUUGCAGUAUCCAAACAACCUAAAAUAUCUUUAAGGUAUUUAUACAGGUUUGACUUAGUAACAUAAUAUCUGAAAAAAAAAAAACUUUAGAUCUUUUGAUUUUUCCUCCUAUCCUCGUAGAAUAUUCUUUUUUUUCUUUAACUAUUCCUUGAGGCAUGUUUCAUUAAUUAAAACUUAUAAUCCCUUAAAUUCUCUUUAAUUUUGAGAUAAUAGUUUGAGGUAUUUAAUAAGAAGUACUUUACCAUUUUACGGGUGGAAACAAUGCAAGACAGAGACAAAUUAUGCCUUGACGAGAAAACAACUCAUCAUGUCUUCUAAGCUUACUUAUUUCACAGGCGAUUAUUGUUUUAUUCCGUUAAAGGUGGAGGGAAAUACCAUGUGUGACGAGUGUGAGAGUCAAAUCAUUCAACAGGUGUUUUUCUAACAGUCAAGGAAACAUGGGGCAACCUGUUUCAUUAUAGGAAACAUUAUGUGGUGAUAUUUCUCUCAGCUCACUUUUGUAAAGGUUGGGAGCAAGUAGAAGAUGGUGAGAGUAUGAGCAAAACAGACUAAAGAGUAAUUGAAUAAAAAAUUAAGACCAGAUUCAAAGGAAUGUGAUUUACAUGAAAUGGUUUCAGGAAAGUGUUUUGUAACCCUCUGAGCAUAUUAGAAAAUGGCCCUUGUCUUGCAUAUUUCAUUUCUGAAUAAGGCUACAUCAUUUAAUAUGAAAACUAGUUUUGGCCAUAUUUAUGGAGUAGAACUCCAGAUGAGUUGAAAGGAUGCAGGGCUUGCCUUUGGGUUACAGGGAAUGGCAGGUUACAGUAAGUGUGUAGUGGUAUUGGUGGCAACUCUUUAUUUUGUUUUGUUAGAUUGUUUUCUGCUCAUUUUGUCUUAUGGAUCAUACUAUUAUUUAGUGGUCUCUUGUCUGCAUUGAUUCCACCAAAGAAAGAAAAGAAAGGAUGUACCUGUUAAACAAAUGCGUGCAAAUAACAAAUUACACAACAUAAUGAUCAUUAAAAGUGUGGUCUGUACUCUUAAAAAAUUGUGCCCGGCACACAUCAGUCAUUUUCAUCCAAAAAUGUGUGCCGUGAUCUUUUUAAUUUGAACACCAAAAAGUAAGUAUGACCUUUUCAUACAUCAACCUCUCUCUCUCUCUCUCUCUCUCGCUCUCUCUCUCUCUCUCUCUCUCUCUCUCUCUCUCUCUGAAAAGCACUGAUACCUGUUGGGACAAAAAAAAAGGAUAAAAGUCUCCUCAAAGCCCACCAACACCCAUUCCCCAUACAAGCACAUUGAAAAACGAUCAUCUUAACACAGAUGUGCUACCUCCACUUACUCCAUGACUUUCUGUCCUAUUUCACCAUCCCACCCAGCACUAACAGUGUCCACUAGAGAUCUAGCUUACUGAUGUGUAUUCAACAACAAUAGUAAACAAUGGUGCUGAAGUGUAUACUAAUGUUUGUAAAUUAUAUGAGACAUGGAUGUAAGUUUGCACUGUCAUACUUUUUGUGAGUUAAAGUUUUAGCUGUGUGCCGUGUGCUUGUUUUUUUUUUUGUUUUUUUUUUGGUGUGAUAUUUUUUUUUUCUUUUUGUUUUGAUUCCGAUUGUGUGUGAGAAGGUGUACUGACAUGGUAAAUGAUAGAAACUCCUUAAAGAACUGAGUAAUUCUUGUUUAUUUGUCUUGUAUAUAUUUAUAUAUAUAUAUAUAUUACAAAACAAUUCACAACGCUCCAGUAGAUGUCGAAGCCUCCCUCAGGACUAGAGUCCAAAACGUUGUGUCUUGAAUGAUAUAGGACAAACAAGAACUAUCUCUCUCUCUGCCUCACCUCUGUGCUCAUUAUCAAAUCAAGAGGGCAUUUCAGAGGGCAAAAGUGGCAUCUCUGUUCCAACUUCAGUCUCAUCACUUUUGAGAUGCACUAUAAAAAGAGCACUGGACUCAAAGUUGAUGUGCCAUGGGCAAACACUGCCCUCUAGAGGGUCCGGGUAGCACCGCAUCAGCUGUAUGGAUGCUGCUUGUGAGGCUUGAAUGACAGGGUUUUAAUAUUGGGGUUAAUGGUACAGGAAAAAAAGUUGGGAUUUAUUUUGUAUGGCUUGGGAAUGUCUUGUCUUUUUUUUAGAUCAUCUAGACGAUCAGAGAGCUAUACUAUUUCCUCUUGAAUCAUAUACCACAAUUAUUUCAUUUCUGCCAAUAAUCUGAUCAAUAAUUAUUCUAUUUAACAUCUGCCAUUAUCUAUUAAUUUAUGAUGUCAUUAUGAGAAUUUAUGUUUUCUGUAUAAAGAUGACUAUUAUGUAUUCUGUUGAUUAUUCUAAAUGAAGCUGAUAGAGGUGAUGAAUCUGACACACACACACACACACACACACACACACACACACACACACACACACACACACACACACACACACACACACACACACACACACACACACACUUGGAAGCAAUGGUUUGGUAUAUGACUGAAUGUGACACAACAAUAGGGAGAGGGAAUAGAGUCUGGUGAGCCUAAAUGAUGUGGACAGGAGACAAAUAAAAAAACAAAAACACAUUUUAUUAUAUUAUUUCAGUAAAAUAGAAUAUGCUUGUAUUUUCCUGUAUUGUUAUUAGAACAGUUGUUCACCAAUAGGAUGUUUUAAAUGAAAGGCGUUGAAUGUCUGGCAAGCUUUUAUGUUUUUUGUGGUGCCCUGAAAUGAUGGCAGCUUUAAACACUUGGGGUUUCGCCCAUGUUACAUCUCAACUAGCACACCCCUCCUCCCAUGCAAAUGAAAUAUAUAGUCAUGUAAAUUUUGGUGUAUCUGAUAUCUAAAGUAUGGUGAUUGUGCCUUUCACUACUUCUGCAUGGUUUUUGUGAUGUACUGAUUUCUCCAUCCCUAAAGGUGGCGGAUGUCCACUGACAGGCAAGACCUAUGCAAAAUAACAGGAUGGAUUUUCCAUCAUCCAUUCAGAAUAUACAGGUACCCGCCUAAAAACAAACAAAAAACAACAACAACAAUAAAUACUCAGGUUAA